GUGAAAUCUAAAGUUUAAACAACAUGUUCAAAUUCGUCGUUCUUGCUACAUUAAUGGCUUUGGCCAUAAACAUGUCUGUUUCGGAAGAAAUGCAUCAUAGCUAUUAUUAUCAUCCAACACUCUACAGUACUGGUUAUCCAUACGCUCAUGGCUACUACGCACAUGCUUAUGCUGCUGCAUACCCAUAUGGUUAUUAUGGUGCUGUAUCAUCACCAUUAGCAUACAAAUCUGAAGAUUUAAAGCAUGUAAAUGAUUUACCAAGCUAUGUACGCCUUGCACGUAGCCCAAAACCUCAAUACGACGAUGAAGAUGAUGAUGAAGAUUGGAGAAGAAAAUAGGAAAAUUUUCUGCAAUCCAAAAU